AUGGAGGAGCAACAAGAAAGUACUACUACUACUACUACUACAAGAAAGGGUGGUAGUAAACGCUCUACUGCCAAACAAUCUGUGGAUCACGGAAAACGACGACGGAUACAACGACAGAUUGAACUUUUAAAAGACGACCGACAAAGUGACGAAGACGACGAUGAAGAAAAAGAGGAAGAAAGCGACGACGAAGAAGAUCAUGACACGGAUGUGUUGGUUGGAACUGAAGGCUAUUUCCAAGCCUUACAGGGCAAAUCCCAAACGUCCAACAACACCAUGUCAAAACUGCCUGUGCUGGAACCACAAGAAUUCUAUGACAUUCUCGAGACAAUGGCACUGGCCAAACAUGCUGACGACAUUGCCACCUUGUUUUCAAUGCACAAGUUACAUUUCAACGAAUGGUACUUUAAACUCCAUGCCGGGUUCAAUCUGUUGUUAUAUGGCUAUGGUUCGAAACGACGGCUUGUCAACGAUUUUGUGCAAUCGUCCAUGACCGAUGGUGUCGUCCUUAUGAUCAAUGGAUUUUUCCCUUCCAUCACCAUCAAGGCUAGCUUAUCCAAACUGGUCGUCGAUGCGCUGGACGUCACUGCUUCCCCACCCGCACAAAUGCAAGAUCUUGUAGCAUUGAUCAGCAACUAUUUCAUGGAUGAAAACCGUAGCUACGAACGCCUCUAUCUGAUUGUCCACAACAUUGACGGCAGCACAUUACGUAACGAACGAUCACAACAAGCAUUAUCAAUGUUGGCAGACACGCCCAACAUUCAUUUGAUUGCCACGAUUGAUCAUAUCAAUGCCGGGUUGUUGUGGGACAAUGUCAAGACGUCCCGAUUCAAUUGGCUCUGGCACGACGCAACGACAUUUGAUGAUUAUUUGGUUGAAACAAGCUUUGAAAACUCAUUGUUGAUGCGGUCUGGAGAAUUGGGCGGUGCGCGUGGCAUCCAGUAUGUGUUGCGGUCCUUGACGUCUAAUGGCCGUGGCGUGUUCCGGGUAUUGGCAGAACAUCAGUUGAUGGAGAUGGAAAUGGAAGGAAACGAUACGGCAAGAGCUAACGAGUCGAUGGGAUUACCGUAUCAUCGCUAUUAUGAUGCGUGUCGUGAAAGCUUUUUGGUGUCAAACGACACUCAAUUGCGAUCGUUGCUCACGGAAUUCAUUGAUCACAAGAUCAUUCAUGCCAAACGGUCGGCGGAUGGCACAGAGGUGUUUUACAUACCCUUGGACAAGUCGACUCUGUGCAAUGUCUUGGAAGAAAUAUCGGAUCAGUAG